AUGUUUUCUGGACCUAGUGAUGCUUGUGACGGAGUAAAUCGUUGUGGUGCUUUUGGAAUUUGUGACAUAAAUGUCGGUCCUCCAUGUGGAUGCUUACAAGGUUACGAACCAAAGUUUAAAUUAGAUUGGGAUAAUAAUGACUAUUCUGGUGGGUGUGUGAGAAAAACUCCACUGCAAUGUGGAAGCAAUAAUGAAGGUUUUGCCCAUAUACAAAAUGUAGAACUUCCUGCGUCGUCUGAAUCAAUGCAAGUGGGAAAUGAUCAGAUUUGUGAAUGUAUAUGUUUAUCUAAUUGCUCAUGCAAUGCGUAUGCUUACAGCAGUGGUGGAGAGUGCUUAUUAUGGAAUGACGAUCUGUUAGAACUGAAAAGUUUACCUAAUAAUUCACGUCAAGUAGAGUUCAACAUUAAACUUUUUGACGCUCCAACAGAGGUUAGGUGCUUCUAA